AUGGCUCCUCAAGCCAAGUCCGCCGACGCGCGACGCAAGUCCAGUGCAAAGCCCACGCUGCUCGUCACUGUCAAGGUGUCGCCUGACAAGCUUCGAGAACUCGUCGAUUCCAAGCCCGUCAAGGAAGACUCUCCCGUCAAGUCUGAAAAGGAAACCAUCAACUCGCCCGCUGCCGACACCGUUUCUGCCACCGGCUCGCAACCUCCUGCCAGCAACUCGAACGGCGACAAUGCUUCAGACUCGAAUGCUGCUACACCCGCUGCCGAUGCGACUCCCGCCGAUGGAACACCAGCUCCUUCAGCCAUGGGCCCUCCCGUUGAGGGACCCAAGAAGAAGGGUGUCAAACGAUCAGCUGCCAAUGCCAACGGAAUAGAUGGCGUUCCCAAGCCACGAGGAAAGCCAGGUCCCAAGAAGAAGCCUCGUUUGGAGGAUGGGACAAUCGAUCACUCAAGCUCGGCCAAUCGACCGGCUGGAGGUCACAAGCUGGGCCCCAAGGCGAACCAAGGUGCUAUCAAUGCCGGUCUUCGCGCCCUCGACCGGUCUGGCAAGCCGUGUCGCAAGUGGAACAAGGGCGGCUUCACGCUCAAGAGCUUUACUGGUGUCGUCUGGGAAAUCCCACGCUGGACGGCACCCCCAAAGAAGGGUCCCGAGUCCAGCACUGAGGAUUCUGCUACCGUCUCAGCUGAGGGUAGUAGCAAGGAGAACAAGGUCAACGGUCAAGAGGGCAACAGCGCCAGCGCCAGCGCCAGCAACAGUGGUGUCGACGUCGAGAUGCGCAGUGCAUCCAGCCUCCACGGCGCAUCACCAGCACCAGUGCCUAUUGCCGCGGCCUCAUAGACAUAGGGCUGUCACGUUAUUGACGUGCUCAUUCUGCCCUUUCACAGAGGCUAUUUUAUUAUUCGACAUGUCACAGCGGAGUUUCAGGUUGACACAGGCCGACAUUUGUCGACCAGAGAUAAGUCCCUUUCGGUAGACUGGGCACAGAGAAGGGUUCAAACUUGAUUAUUUAAUUCAUCAGGGAUUGCGACGCUGGUGUCGCCGGCGUUACAGGAACAGCGAAGAUGGAACGCUAUGGAAAAGGGUUGGCGACUGGGAUGUAUCAUGUUUUGAAAGCACACAAAGUGCCUUGUUGUAACAUAACGGACGAUUCUGGCGAGAAAUAUUAGACAGUGGAUGGUAUUCCCAGGCAAAUUGCAUCAGUUCAUCAUUUUCUUGAG